AUGCUUGGUGGACAGCAGGAUUUAAAAUUAAACCUUUUUUAUUCUAGAUUUGCUAAUGACAUUGGCAUUGUUGGCCUUGGAGAAGGAGCAGGAGCUAGCAUACUUUUGAGAUACACAAUAAGUUAUCCAAGGCGAGUUCUUGGUCUAUGCUUAUUGGAGUGCAAUGCCAACCCUUCUGGCUUUUUGGAAUGGGGUCAAGAGAAGGUUGCAGCCUGGCAGUUGUUAAAUAGGGGAAUGAAUCCAACAACUGAAAAGUUUCUACUGUGGCACCAUUUUGGCACUGAAUCGGAGGAUUAUAGAACCAAAGACAAGAAAAAUAUGAUUCAGGAAUUUCAUGAGAAUUUGUACAAGAGAAUGAAUGCCCAUAAUCUAUCUCAGUAUAUCCAAGUAUACAUGAACCGUUCUGAUAUCACUAACAAAGCGAGAGACUUGAAGACCCCUGUAUUACUAGUUACUGGAACACAAUCUCCUCAUGUGAAGGAAGUGGAGAAACUAUUUUACUCCCUCCCAGACAAGAGAAGUAGCACUCUCUUGAAAGCAGAAGAUACAAGUGGUAGUAUAAUGGAAGAGAGUCCUUUCAAACUAGCUGAGAGUUUCCUUCUGUUUCUGCAAGGAAUUGGAUUGGCGGCUUCAGUUCCGAUGGCUCGCCUCGCAAGGGCAUCGUCUUUGAGUGAAGGUUCACCAAAAGACCUACACAAGUUUAAAUCGGCAUCUAUGGAUGCUCCUUAGAUGGGUUUACCCCCCCCCCCCUUAAAUCAAUCAUAGUUAAAUGAUAAACUGACCCAAAUCCCACUUUGAUUGAUGGUUUAACCCAUCCAUAGUUGAUUAUUAAUGUAUGUAUAUUACAUUUUUGUAUUUGUACAAAAAUAUUGAUGCGAUCUAUGUUGCUUCAAAGCAGGCACAUAGCUUGUUAUAAUUGUGUGAAUAUCGUAUUUGUUGUGUUAGAAGGGCAUAUGCUUAUGUAAAUGACUGACGUUAAAUUGUCGUCAAAAUAAGACAAGUUUCAAUUGCUCAGCAUACAGUGAAUGCAAUUUUUGCUUUAAGUGUGUUUCUAUUGGAGAUGCACUUCUAAUAGAGCAAAUAUGGUAUAUAUUAUUUCCUUGUUGAGUUACUCAGCAAUGAUUGGAAGUAUACUCUUUGUUUUUGUGUGAAAUUUCCACUACUGUAAAAUCUGUAUUAAAAGCCGCAGCUUCUAUUAAAAUGGUACAAUGCAACAGAAGGGGAUGCGGCUUCUAUUACAGCAUCUACACAAAUGAAAAAUGGUGAAUUUUUGGUUCACAAUUGUGCAAAAAGAAUGGGAGCGACUUCUAUUAGGGAUGGGGCUUCUAAUACAGAUAUUACGGUACAUGUGGAUCGAUGUGCGGCAUUAUACCACCUGAUUGGUACUCAAGUACAGCACUAAGUUUUCUAACACCACAGAAUUGUCAAUCUAGAGGUUUAUGAAAUUUGUGAUUUUGAUCAAUCAAAACCUGAUUUAUUUUAUUAAACUGCUGUUUACUAUCUCUUUUUGUUUUUACAUGUUUUGAUAAUUUUUAAGAACAUUUAAUUAGCAGGUUUAAAUCUAUAAUGAAUGUAAUUCUGCCAAAGAUACUUCAAAUUAUCCAAGAUGUCACAAAGCUAUCAUGAUCACAUUAUCAUAAGCUACAGUCACUGACUUACAACAACACAAUUUCCCAAUUUUUCUGUAUAAUCUAUUUUAUAUGAAAAGAUGACUGAUCUUUUCAAUUCAUUUAUGAAAUUAUAUGAAAAUCAUUGUUUGUUGUUGGACGACAUUGAUAAUCCUUUCGAUAUCUAAAGUACCUUCAACAACUUCAAGUGCAAUAGCGAGUUCAGAGCUUUUGAAAUAGACCUGAAUAUAUCAGAGUUUAAAUAGUGAGUGGCCUGAGCUGAAAUAUUGUUUUGUUUGUUUUUGUUUGAAACAUGCAUACGAUGUCUUUAUUAUUUUACUAUAACCAGUGUUUCGAAUUAUAGAAAUGAAAAAUAUGUAUAAAUAUGGCACUUACUUUAGAAUUGACUGAAAGAAUCACACAUGGGUCAGUUUAUCACUUACUACUGCAAAGAAAAUAAGUUGUGUGGUUAUGUUUAAUUGACAUUCAUCUGUAUCCAUCAGCUUCUGUUAAUAGUGUAAGCUUGUUUGAUUUUCUUGAUAUCUUCCAUUAUUUGACUUUCUCAUAUUGUGACCCUAUGCUGGUCAGCGUUUGUCGAUAUUCGCAAAUUCAAACCCACUCAUUUUGACCAGUAAACUACAUUUCCAAAAUUAGAAAAAAUUAUGUUCAAACACAGUCCCUCUAUGUGGUUCAAAGGGUUAACCUCUUCACCGCCAGACCAAUAUUUCUGGAAAUGAACCCUAAUUUUGGAGCCAACGGGCAAAAUUUUAGUAAAUUUUCAGUUUUUACUCGAAAAAUGUGGCUAUUUUUAUUCCAAUCUUCUGAAGGAAAGUGCAGACUGUAUACAAGACUAUUUCGUGAAUUUGUGAUGAAAAGAGAGAACUGGUGGUGAAAAGGUUAACACAUCGCAGUAGUAAUACCACAAUACAGGUUCUGUACGACUUAUGAUAUACAAUGCAUUUUUUCCCAAAAUUUGAAUGCACGCUGUAAGGCGAAUGUUUAUCAUAAAAGAAAACUUUCUGAAAAGGUUUUUAAUUUUGUGAUAAAUACCAGGCUAAUCACAUUCUCAUCAGGGAACCUCAUUUAUCUAAGUCAAACCUCUGGUAGCUUGGAUUUCAAUUCAGUUAUGAACCCCAUCUCUAUUGUGAUCGAAUUACUUGUUGUACCUAUCACUUUCUGUAAUUGCAGCUACAACAUCAAACAACUAGGUUUAUUGAGAUAGAGGAAUUGUAUCUCACCUGUACUAAAAGAUGCAAGCUGUAAUAUACAAACCCACAAUGCAUUGCAUCUAACACAUGAUUAGUUUCAACCAAUCACAGCAGUAGAAUUACAGUGAUAUGAUUCAUUUAAAAAUAAUGUAGAAUUAGGGUUGUUGUAUAUUGAAAAAUGUUCUCAAGAAAUAUUGUUUUCUUCUUGAUUCAAGAAGUUGAUUUUCUCUGAAUUUUAAAGAUUGAAUUGAUUACUAAUAAUACUUUUCUCAUGGAUAUUUCUGAUGUGUACAGUUUUUGUUUUCUACUCUAUAUAACAUUCAUGUAGUUUAGAUGUACAUGGCGUGCACAGUUAUGAACUGUGAAUUACCAUCAAACCGGUUGAGAACUGCAUUUAAAGUGCAUCAGUCAUCGCACUGUGAUAUUUUCGAUAUCGGACCUGUAGUGACGUAAACAACGCAUGUUAAAUACAUUGUUUACACAAAAUUUGAACUUGCGUUGCUUGACGACUGUAGCGUUUAACAAGUGUAAUUUUUUGAGUAACAAAAUGAUACAAUAGUUCAACUGUGUUUUGAGCAGAUUCGAAAUGGAUACCACAAACUUUUAAAUGAUGCAACUGUUUCUGUGUGUCUAUGGGUCGUCUGUUAUUACCACAUAUGCAAGAAUCCAUUAUCAUUUGGUCAUAAUGCAUUCAUCAGACGGAGUCAACAACAGAAAUUGUCCUCUGCACCUGUCUGUUCCAACAUGCAUAAUAUAUCAUAAUAUUCAUCUGCAUUCAUUUCAUGAUGAGAUGUCUUGUGUCAUUUUUGUUAUAAGCUCUUACAUCACAAAUGGCUGACAAGUGGCCUUUUUUUUAAUACACCAUGUGGCUGACUGUAUUCACAUGGCAUUGUGCGCAUAUGUAGUACAUCUCGGUACAUGUGUGCAUUACUAGCACAUGGUUCAAUUCAUCAAAAAUCAUGCCCUUUAACCAUUCCAGAACGUUGUCGGCCAAGACAAAUUGGUGAAUGCAUAGAUUUUAAAAGAACCAUGUCUGUACCAGUUGUGCUCACACUUCGACACAUCACGAUUUCUGAACAUAACCUUGAACAUGUGGGGACAGUCAUAGACUUGUUUUACAACCAAAGUAUUUUUUUUGUUUUUGAUGGUAAAUGCAAUUUUAAUGCUGACUCAGCGAAGCAAUUUUUUUGAAGUGUUCUUUCUAGGUGAUGGUCUGAUGUGAAUAAAUAUCAAAAUAAAAAGGUAAUAUUUUUAAAAGCA